GCUGUGUGAUGAGGCUGUUGCACCAAAAAUCAGCCAAAGAUAAAAAGAAAGGGUCUGUAGUCACUCUGUGGGGGGCAAAAGAGGUGGGAGGCACCAAGGAGUCAGAGGGAGGAGACUUUAACUGCCAGCUAUAGGGUCCUUGGGCUGGACCCCAGCAUAGAGAGAGGGCCUGAGUUCCCCUGCUAGCCUGUGAGGAAUGUGGGGUGAAACCGGUGGUGGUAUGGGGUGUGAGAACCAUGGAGCUCAGGGACCGAGGCAGGACUUGCUGUAAGGUCAUUGGACUGUAGCUUGCUUGGGCUCUGUUAGACUGAAGUGUGAUCUGGCCAAAGGGCCAAGUUGUGGGAAGAGAGACCACUGCCAUGAUAGCGUGACUGUCAGCAGGGGGAGCUACACAGCAAGGCAGCAGCUUUGCCGUGCCUGGUCCCAAGGAGAUGCUCUGGUGACCCUGCUCCCAUUUGAAAAUGAUUCAUGUGGCUGAUCCCAUGUGGAGUUCCUGGGACCUGCUCUUGCUAAGUGAGCAAAGAGACCGACACCAGCACUGCAAAUGUAUGGCUGAGUCUCACCCGCCUCUCAGAAAAUACAGGAAGAGCAGGGCCUUGGCUUUCAUGGUCUGCAGAAAAGUACUUUGGCCUGUGGCAGCUGUGGAAGUUCACACUUCCAGGGAAGUAGAGGCUCUGAAUGGGACCAAUGUACGCUUAAAAUGCACCUUUUCCAGCUCCAGCCCUGUUGGCCAGCGUCUGACGGUGACCUGGAACUUCCGGCCCCAGGGAAUUAACUCUGCUGAGUCUAUGCUCUACUACUAUGAGAAGCCCUAUCCCCCAACCAGUGGGCGGUUUAAAGAGCGAGUUACUUGGGAUGGGAACAUUGGCCGGAACGAUGCUUCCGUCGUCGUCUGGAACUUGAAUCCCACCGACAAUGGGACGUUCACUUGCCAGGUGAAGAACCCACCAGAUGUUGAUGGCACGAUUGGCGAAAUCCAACUCCGUGUUGUGCAGCAAGUGCAUUUCUCGGAAAUCCACAUCCUGUCUCUGGUCAUAGGGUCUGCCUGUGCUUUGAUGAUCAUUGUGGUGAUAGUGGUAGUUGUCUGGCGACACUAUCGGAACAGACGGCAAGAGAAGAGCAUUGAGAUGGUGGAGACAGAACUAACAGAAAAGGAGAAGCUGAAGAGUACAGAAGAGAAGGUAGCUGUCCCAUUAGAAGACUAAAGUUCUCUGACUAAAGGGUACAUACAGUGCAGCUUCUCCCCUGCAGCAGUUUCAGAAGCAGGUGGCUAAUCCUUCUGAUUUCAAAUGUUAGAACAAAGCUGAAUUACAGAUGUCUGAUGCCGCAACUGUGGUACCCGUGUUCCCCUUAAAAUUUGUGCCAUGGCAAGACAAUGGGAUUAAAAUAAUGUGUGAGAUCUUAUUUCCUUCCAUUGAAACAACGCAGGGGAAACUUGUCCUAUCAACAGUGAAGUUGUCUUUGGUCAUCAGUCCAGCUGUAGCCAUUUGGAGAAGUGUAUGUCCUUUGCAGAAUUGCAUUUGAUUCACUCUGUUGAAGAGAAAAAAUCCCAAGAGAACUAUAAGAAAUUCAACGAUCCAGGAACAGAUUUUUCAAAAUUCUCAUCUUGGCCUGUGGAAGAAUUUUGGAAAAAUGCCUUUUAAUUUUUUUAAAACUUUUUUUUCCCUGUUUUUCCCUCCCUCCCUCUCCACAAAACAACACCCCCACCCCUUGCCAUAUGUGUAAAAAAGAAAAUGGGGGGAAAAGAAUUAUCGUCACUCUGAAUGAAAACGGGCAAUGGUUAACCCUUUCCCAUUGCAAACUGUCUGUGCUUGCCACGCUCUUAUUAGUUCUCGCUUUAAUUCUUAAAUUUGGUUUGAACUAUUUUUCCUCUCACAAAGAAGCUCUUUAAAUGUUUCUAAAAAGAAUGAUGAGACAGUUUGAUCACAGGGACAGCUUAUUGCAAGAACGGGGUUUUGAUCCCAUUGUUACAUGAAGUGGAAAAGUGUUACAGUUUUGGACCGUGUGCUGUUUCUUUGGCUGGGAUGGUAUUUAGAAGUGGAUGCAUAUUUCAGUUUGACUUUUGUUUUAUAUUUUAGGUGACUUAGUGUGUCUGAAAGUGACAGACUGAGAACCCUGCCUAUUACUAUGGCGGUCUCUGCCCAUUCCUAUUCUACUGAUGCACCAAAAUCCUGACUUCCCUCUGCUGUUCCAGACCUGGUUCCCCCCCACUCAUUUCUAUUGAUUCACCUCAGUCCUGACCUGCAGCACCCCUUGUUGUUUCCCAGGACCUAUGCACAGUUUGCAGAUGCCCUUCAACUUUGGCUUGCAACAGUCACUUCUGUUCCAGCCUAGAGUCUCUCUUCUAAAUAAACACUACCAGUUGUGCCUAAUCACAGUAAAGUUUUAUUUCAUAUCAAAGUUCAAUGGCUUGGUUCCAUUGUAUCAAGAUUCUGGGAGGUCCUCUCAGUGAUGCAAGCAGCUUCCUUUUAGAUAUGCACAUUGCUGCACAAGGAAUUUGUCUCAAUGCUAAUUACUGCUCCAGGUUACUAGUAGCACAUCUUAUUACUAAAUAUGUGGUGAGCACAUCAGAUUCAAUGCUGCUGCAGAUCUCAGUUUAAAAUAAAAAAAACAAAUAAUCAACACCUCAGAGCUGUUUCUGUAUUUAAUUGGCAUUAAAUCAAAAUAUGAGCUUGUUUGCUUAACAAGUAUUUUUGUUUUUAUGGCCCUGCCUGUGAAAUGCUUGCUAUAUUAUCUCAAUUCAUUUGUUUUCUUUUCCUAUCGGGGUAUCAUAAAUAAAUUUGUUUUGUGGACAGUCAGAAGCUAUGACAGUGUAACUACCACAAUGUAAGCCUAGGGAAACUCUCAGUGAUACUGCAAACCAUCCUGUUCUCAACAGAGUUUUUGUUUUUGACACAAUGGAAUAGAUGCCCCCAUAUCAUGACAAUGAGUGAUUAUUUGGAUAAAAGAGGAGUUUUAACACACACCCCUAAGUGACUGAAUGAUAACAUUUUGUUGCAAUGUAAGUACGAUUGUAUGCAGCACAAUGCUGGGGCACUAGAAUGCAUGUAAGGAGCAGCAACCAAUGCAGAAAUGAAUUGCCAACAGCUUCUUCCUGCUAUAGCUACUGCUCUUCUCUCAGAUCUUAUGCCCUUUCAGGUGCAGACACACAUGCCCUCACUGAACAGCUCUAACUUUGGAACUGGGAUUCGCAUACAAUUACAGCAGGAUUCCAAGGAGGAACAUUCCAAACCAUGGGCUAAAAGGGUUUCAGUCCUGCAAAGCUCCCAUUGACUUCAAUGAAAGAAGGAUUGGAGCAGUUAGUUGGGGAAGGAGCAUAUUUGUACAGUGUCCAGUCUCACUUCAAACUAAAAACAAAACAUUGAACGCAAGACAUUAAUAUAGGUAAGGUGCCGCAAGUACUCCUUUUCUUUUUGCUAAUAUAGGUAAACCCAUUUUAUCCAAACUCUCCAAAUUUCACUUGACCCAAAAUUUGUUUCUGUCCUCCAAGUCCCAAAAUCCUAUAGAGGGUCUAGUGCAAGUCACAGCCAUGGAAUCUGUACUGUUACUAUUUUGGAUCUUCAAAUGGACUGACUGCAGAUUAAAUUAAAUUAUCAGACGCUGCUGUGCUGUGGAAACGCACAUCCUAUAGUUUAACAUACCAUCUGUAUUCAGCUACCCAUUUUAGUAGCAGUUUUUAGAGCAGUAUUACGUUCCUUCUGUGUUUCAUAGUUUCUCUACUUCCUCUUCUGCAAACAUAAUUGUCUAAUUCUGCUUGUCAAUUUCAAGGCCCUGAUUCUGCUUGGGCAGACCCCUUCAAUAGAGAGGAGAUCCAUGUACUUCAACAGGGCUCUGGUUGGGUGCAGGGGUCUGCUCACAUGGAACAACUUGUAGGAUCAAGAUUCAUGGGCAGUAUCUAGACGAUGUGCAUGUGCAUUUUUAUACUAGUCAAACAGCUGCUUAGUUCUAGACAAGUUUGAUAUUUUCAUUUUUUUUGCUGUAAAACUUGUUUCAGCACAGAGAAACUACAGUAAGGGGCUGUGUCCAUCUGUGUAGACAGAUACUCUUUUGUACUGUAACUUAUUUUAAGUGAGCUUUUCAAGUCACUGUAUGUAAAUAAACCAUUUUUAGUAUUAAA